CCGGAGCUGGAGGCAAUUCGGAGGCCAUGAAGAAGCCACGAGCAGCUGUGGGAAGUGGUCAUAGGAAGCAGGCAGCCAGCCAGAAGGAAAGGGAGAAACGUGUCCUCAGCAGCAAGCAGGCCAAGCCUUCUGCCCCUGAUGGUCUGGCCAGGCAGCCAGAAGAAGUGGAAAUGCAGGUCUCUAUCUCCCCAUACCAUCUAUUCAGAGACACAGCUGAAGUCACAGCCUUCCGGGGAAACCUGCUGAGCUGGUAUGACCAAGAGAAGCGGGACCUACCCUGGAGAAGAUGGGUGGAGCAUGAAGUGGACCUAGACAAGCGUGCGUAUGCUGUGUGGGUCUCAGAGGUCAUGUUGCAGCAGACCCAGGUUGCCACGGUGAUCAACUACUAUACCCGAUGGAUGCAGAAGUGGCCUACACUGCAGGACCUGGCCAGUGCCUCCCUGGAGGAGGUAAACGAGCUCUGGGCUGGCCUGGGCUACUAUUCUCGAGGCCGGCGACUGCAGGAGGGGGCUCGGAAGAUAGUAGAGGAGCUAGGGGGUCACAUGCCACGUACAGCAGAGGCUCUGAAGCAGCUCCUGCCUGGUGUGGGGCGGUACACAGCUGGGGCCAUUGCUUCCAUUGCCUUUGGCCAGGCAGCUGGUGUGGUGGACGGGAAUGUAGUACGGGUGCUAUGUCGUGUUCGAGCCAUUGGUGCUGAUCCCAGCAGCACUGUUGUCUCCCAGCAGCUCUGGAGUUUAGCCCAGCAGCUGGUAGACCCAGCCCGGCCAGGGGACUUCAACCAAGCAGCCAUGGAGCUGGGAGCCACAGUGUGUACUCCACAGCACCCACAUUGCAGCCAGUGCCCUGUGCAGGGCCUAUGCCGGGCACACCAGAAAGUAGAGCAGGAACAUCUCUCAACCUCACAACACCUGCUGGGCAGUCCUAACAUAGAGGAGUGUGCUCCCAAUACUGAGCAGUGCCAGCUGUGUCCGCCUCUCACAAAGCCUUGGGACCCUACCCUGGGGGUGACCAACUUUCCCCGAAAGGCUAGCCGCAAGCCUCCCAGGGAGGAGUGCUCUGCUACCUGCAUUCUGGAGCAACCCAAGGCCCUUGGGGGUGCCCGAAUUCUUCUGGUACAGCGGCCCAAGUCAGGUCUGCUGGCAGGACUGUGGGAGUUCCCAUCUGUGACCUUGGAGCCCUCAGAGAAGCAUCAGCACAAGGCCCUGCUGCAGGAACUGCAGAAUUGGGCCGGGCCCCUCCCAGAGGGCUGCCUUCAGCACUUCGGGGAGGUGGUCCACAUCUUCUCUCACAUCAAGCUGACAUACCAAGUAUAUGGUCUGGCCAUGGAGGGGCAAAUCCCAGUGACCAGCACACCACCUGGCUCUCGCUGGGUAACACGGGAAGAAUUUCGCACUGCAGCUGUCUCCACGGCCAUGAAAAAGGUGUUUCGUGUGUAUGAGGGACAACAGCCAGGGACCUGCAAGGGUUCCAAAAGGUCCCAGGUAACCACUCCAUCCAGCUGGAAAAAGACCAGCCGGGGCCAGCAAGUCCUAGAUAGCUUCUUUCGGCCCCAUAUCUCCACUAACGUGCCCAUCCCCAACACUGCAGCUGAGUGACGCCUCUGGAAGACUCCACCCCCUGAAAAUCUUACUAUUAAUAAAGUACUUAUUUUUAUAGU